CCGCCGCAAGCGGAUCCGCCGCCCACGACGACCGGGAUUUGUUCCGCGCACCAAUUGGCAUAGCUUGGUAAGACCUCCGCUUCUGCCUCCCCCACCCCCUAAUCGAUUCGGUUCCCGUAAUUUAUUGGAGUUUGCAGGUACGAAAUAGUGCUCAAUGUCUCGUCGUAGCGGGUACACCGGCGAGGGUGGGGAUUCGAUCAUGUCGUGGCCACGUUCUACUUCUCCUACCUCGUCGGAAGUGCAGUUAGCCAGGCAAGCCGAUGAUCCAUGGUACAUUGCAUACCAAGAUGAAUCAACCCAGUGGUGUAGCCAGAGGAUGGAUUUGGAGGAGAAGGUGGCCAAUUUAGGUGAUGAAUUGGCCCGUAAAAACCUGAUGAUAUUCGAGCUGAAGCGUAUUGUGGAGGAAGAAAAGAAGAAUUCAGAGCUUAUUCGCAAGGAGAAGUUGAGAGUUGAGACAGAUCUUGCCGUAUUUGAUCAAGUGGUAGAAAAUCUAGAACAUGAACUUAAAGUGAUGGGAGAGGAGAAAAGUAGAUUCAUCUGUGCAGUUUUAUUAGGUGUCAUCCCCUGUCCUAGCGCUUAUGUGGUUCCGGUAGACGAUUUAGUAUAG